AUGGUGAAGAGCCUCCUCCUUUUAUUCCAGACCAGGUUCGUGCAGGCGCAUCGGCCGAUCAUGCUCAUUCUCAAUCUAGCGUCCGCAGUUUUCGGUUACCAGAAGUGCGCGCUUCUUGUUGAGACUUCCUCAACCUUGAUGGGCGGGACGCUUUUUAAUCUGCUGAAUCCUCCCGCAACAGGUGGUGCCCCUGUCGUUCCUCUGAUUAGGACCAGGAUCCUGAAUGUGGGUGGAGGAGAGAGGACCCUAACAACCAAAAUGAAGCUCUCCUAUUGCGCCGCUGCCUUCCUCAUGCUUCUCCCACUUGAGGCCAUUGCAGGGAACUGCUACUUCUGCCAGAACGGUCACAAGGUGGGAGCUGUCUACCCAACCUACAAGUGCGGAAAGAAAUGUCAUAAGAAACACUAUGAUACCACUUUUAGCACAUAUCACUGCUGGAAAGAUGGCCGAAACCCUACCUGCUUCAAGAAUUGCUGCAAGAAGGCCGGUAGGGAUGUAGGUGUCUUGCGAGGCUUGUAA